CUUGGGGAAACCAAAUAAAUCUUUGUCUUAUUUUGUUGAUUUUUAUGGUACUUGAGAAAUGUUGGGUUCUUCUUCAAACGGAGGGAGGACUAGUAGUAGUAGCAGCAGCGGCGGCGGCUUGGACUACUCCUUCAAGAUAUUGUUGAUUGGUGAUUCUGGAGUUGGAAAGAGCACCAUGCUUCUCAGUUUCGUCUCCAACACUCUUCAUGAUCUCUCUCCCACCGUUGGUGUUGAUUUCAAAAUUAAGCAAUUCACAAUUGGUGGGAAGAGAUUGAAGUUUACAAUAUGGGACACAGCUGGUCAGGAAAGGUUUGGAACAUUAACAACUUCUUAUUACAGAGGUGCACAUGGAAUUAUCCUUGUUUAUGAUGUAACAAGACGAGAAACCUUUACAAACCUGUCAGAUGUUUGGGCAAAGGAGGUAGAGCUUUACUCCACCAAUCUUGAGUGCAUCAAAUUUCUAGUUGGAAAUAAAGUUGACAGGGAAAGUGAAAGGGUUGUUUCUAGAGAAGAGGGGAUGGCUCUUGCACAGAAACUUAAAUGUUAUUUCUUUGAAUGUAGUGCUAAAACUAGAGAAAAUGUGCAGCAAUGCUUCAAAGAUCUCACAUUAAAGUUUAUAGAUCCUUGAGGUUCCUAGUUUAUUGGAGAAAGGAUCUAUUGCAGUGAAGAAACAGAAGUUGAAGCAGAAACAAGUACACCAGACACCAGGCGACAAUGGUUGCUGUCUUAGUUAAAGUGCUGCAAAGACUGACGUUAAAAGACACAGCAUACUCAUAUAUCCAAAACAGAACCUCCCAACUGUUGUUCUUGCUGCAACCAGACUACGGAGGAGGCAACUUUUCUGAUUAUAUGUGGGGAGGAGAAGGGAUUGCAUUCUGUCUCAGUUCAUCCAAAGCUUUCAUUUUAAAAUCUUUUUCCUUUUAUGUUGAUUUACUUCUUUUGUACACAACACACUCGGCAGUAGGUCAGUCCAUUAUAGACUUGUGUAACAUAAUUCUUGUUUAUACUCUCAUAGAAUAAAAUGCCUAAUCCAAU